UUCCUCCCCGCUUCGGGGAAAAGCGCUCCGGCUCCCUCCGUGCAGCGGGGACGGGGAGGCGGGCAGCCUGCCUUCCUCCUCCUCCUUCUUCUCCUCCUCCUCCUCCUCCUCCCCGCCCGCAUUGCACCGCUCCGGUGAGGAUGAGCGCCGGCGAGGCCAAGGAGUACCUGACCCGCAGGGAGAUCCCGCAGCUUUUCGAGAGCCUGUUGAAUGGAUUAAUGUGUUACAAACCCGAUGACCCAAUUGAAUAUUUAGAAAGCUGUUUGCAGAAAGUGAAAGAGCUCGGAGGGUUAGAAAAAGUGAAAUGGGACACUUUUGUCAGCCCGGAAAAGAAGACCCUGCCUCCACUCAAUGGAGGACAAUCCAGGAGGUCUUUUUUCAGGAAUGUGAUGCCUGAUAAUUCUAACUUCCCGUACCGACGGUAUGACCGGCUCCCUCCAAUCCAACAGUUUUCGAUCGAAAGCGACACCGACCUCUCUGAAACAGCUGAGCUAAUUGAGGAGUACGAUGUGUUUGAUCCUGCCAGACCUCGACCAAAAAUUAUCCUUGUCAUAGGUGGCCCAGGAAGUGGUAAAGGAACGCAGAGUUUGAAAAUAGCAGAACGUUACGGAUUUAACUACAUAUCGGUGGGUGAAUUGUUAAGGAAGAAGAUCCACAGCACAAGCAGCAAUCGAAAAUGGAGCUUAAUUGCCAAAAUCAUUACUACUGGAGAACUGGCCCCUCAGGAAACAACUAUAACUGAGAUAAAGCAGAGAUUGAUGCAAAUCCCCGAUGAAGAGGGGAUAGUGAUUGAUGGAUUUCCCAGAGAUGUGGCCCAGGCAAUCUCUUUUGAGGACCAAAUCUGCACCCCAGAUUUGGUGGUGUUUCUGGCGUGUUCCAGCCAAAGGCUGAAGGAAAGGUUACUGAAGCGAGCUGAACAGCAAGGGAGACCUGAUGAUAACCUGAAAGCCACUCAAAGACGACUAAUGAAUUUCAAGCAGAAUGCCGUCCCAUUGGUUAAAUAUUUCCAGGAAAAAGGGCUAAUCAUCACAUUUGAUGCAGACAGAGAUGAAGAAGAAGUGUUCUCUGACAUAAGCUCGGCAGUUGACAGUAAAUUAUUUGCCAACAAGGAGGCUGCAGCAGGGCCAAAUGAACUUGAAUGCAGUCUGGUUAUGGAUUCUGGAGAUACCAUUUAUACAGAAUUUGACUUUGAAGACCAGGAGGAAGAUCAGUCAAGUUUUUCUGGUUAUGAGAGCACAGGAGACUUUUCAGAAGAUCUGAGGAAAUCAAACAUAAUUUUUGUAGUCGGUGGCCCUGGCUCUGGCAAAGGUAGCCAAUGUGAACAGUUAGCCAAGAAAUACGGAUUUACUCACCUGUCCACUGCUGACCUUCUCCAAAAUGAGUUAUUGUCAUUGUCAGAGAGAAGUAAAUUGAUCAAAGACAUCAUGGACUGUGGUGAACCUGUGCCUGGCGGUAUUGUCCUAGAGCUACUGAAGGAAGCCAUUGUUUCCAAAUUAGGUGACACAAAAGGUUUCCUGAUCGAUGGGUAUCCCCGGGAUCUGAAAGAAGCAGAAGAGUUUGAGAGCAAGAUUGGGGAACCAAAACUCGUGUUCUGCUUGGACUGCUCUGCGGAAACCAUGAGCAGUCGCCUUCUGAUGAGACAUCAGAGCAGUCAGCACCCCGACAACACCGAAACCAUCAAGGAAGGAAUCGAAAGCUAUUACCAAGCAUCAAAACCUGUGAUUGCAUACUAUGAAAAGAAGACACAGUUAUGCAAGGUCGAUGCAGAAGGAGCACAGGAGGAUGUUUUUCUGGAACUCUGCAAGACAAUUGACUCUUUUCUGACAAAGGAAGAGGCAGCAUUUUCCUUUUCAACAGAAACGCAGUAACAGCGUGUACCGCACCUCGCUUCCCGUGCACUCGACAGUCACGACGAAAAUGCUGUUCAAAGCAAUAUUGCUUUCUCGAGAGGUGUCUGGAAUUUGUGCAUGUGGUACGUUAUUAUAGGUGAAACUUUUCUUUCUCUCUGUUCUCACAACACACGCGGUAGGAGGUGCUCUGUAUGCUAACGCUGCACUAAGAGCUGUUUAUUGUUUUCUUGGUUGGUUGCUCUUCACGGGUUAAAAGCAGCAUGGCGAACAGCAGCUCUGGUUUGUAUUUCAUCAUCUCUACAUUUGCCUGGAGGUCAGCAGGGAGGAACUCAAGACACAUCAUUCACCAUUUAGCACAUUAAGAUUACCAAGUACAAGUUUCCCACAGGUUAUUAUUUUCUAUAGGUUAUUAUUCUCUUUUAAUUAACAGUAUUAUUUUUUUUUAUCACUACGUAUCACUUUGCUGCUUCUUGGGUUUAGUGACUAAAAUCUGUCUUCUGUUAGACGGCAGCUGGAAUUAGUCAAGCUAGAGGUUAAAAUAACCUUAUGGUUAAAAUAACCCAGAAUGCUGUUAUAAGCAGAAAAAAUAAUUGAGGAUACAGCUGAAUAUUGUGGAAGUCUGUCCAUCCAUUAUUGUGGAACAGACACCAUUUCGGAGACAGCCUCGCCUUCUGCUGAGAAUCGCAGGAUAUUAUAAACUACAACUUCCCAGUUUUGUGAGCCGAGGUGAAAACCAUGAUUGUAUCGUGUAGUUAAAUGUGCAAUCCAGUAAUUAUCCAUACUAACAGCAGCAGUGUUACUACAUUAAUUCAGAAUGUAUGAAAGUAUCUUUGCUUCACCCUUUGGAUUUAUUUUGAAUGCAAAAUUCAGAUCAUCAUCUGUUGUCUUGUAGUGGCUCAGCCAAAAUGUUGUGUGGGGAGGACGGUAUGUUGGGGAUUAUUUGAUUCCUGUCGCUUGCAUCUUUCAUAAGCCAUUUAUCUGUAAUACCUGCAAAAAAAGGCCUGUAAAAAUCAUAUCUUUUUUCCAUCAGGUUAACCAAAAUAUUGUGGAGUUCCCUUGGUAUCCUAAGUAAAUGCGUGUUUGACAUUCCUGUAAAGUAACUGCAUCCUCUUACUGGAACUACUGGAUGAAUUCACAGUGGAAGUGGGUUGCAUGAUCGCUCUUUCUGUCUAAGUUGUACUUUAUGCAGCAGAUUUGUAUUUUUAAAGUUACCUUUCUUGUAAUGAAGACACAAUACAAAUAAAACAUACAAAAAUGA